AUGCCCCCGGCCACGUUCAAGGGCACGGCCAUCACGGCGAGUUUGGCGAUGCUGACGCGCACGGCCGUGGGCGCGGGCGUGAUAACGGACACGGACAUGGAUAAGGACGCGUUCUGCUGCGCUCGCUGCCGCGUUUGGAUGUGGAAACGGAUGACGUCAAUUUACGUAGGCGGAGCAUCCGAUGACCUGCGUAUUCUCUGUUUUACUGUUUUCAGCUCACCAAUUACUUACAUCCUUGAAGUAACUUACAUUACGCGAAAAAUGAACUCUUUCCCUCGGCGUGGUUCUUCGCAGGCAAAGGAUUUUCACAGCUUCACUUCCAAGGCGUCUGAACACAGUUGUUAUGACCCAGACUGCCUCAAGUGCCAGACGGGCGACCCGCCCGCUUCCACCUUGUACGCCGCGCAGCGCGGCCCCGCGCAGCGCCGCCGCGACGCCUACGACGCCUUCGAUGCCCUGUACGGCGACCCCUACGGCGCCGCCGCCGCCGAGUCGCUGUUCGCCGAGGGCUACGGCGACGAGCCGCGAGCGCUCGCGCUGGCCGCCGCGCAGCGGGAGGCGUGGCUGGCGGAGCUGGCCGCGUGGAACUUCUUCCCCAGCUGCGAGUGCGAGGCGCGGGCGGGGGCGGAGGGCUGCGCGUGCGAGGGGCGGCAGCCGCGCCGCGCGUCCAGCUGCCCGCCGGCCAUCCGCCUCAGCGCGUGGCACGACGGCGACGCGCAGCGGGCGCAGACGCCCCGACGCGACGCACCAACCGAGCCGAGCGCCCGCCGCCCGCGCUGUCAACCCUCGGAGUGCGAGCUGUGCGGGGGGCGUGGCAUUUCGCGCCGAGCUGAAUCGCACGACCACCAACACUCUGGUCAUAACAGGCACUUAGAACACUUUGGAUUCGGAUUUCAUUGGCCGUUUGGGCGUGGAGGAGGAUUGGGUCGUCGUCGGGGCUUCGGGCUUCAUGGCCCGUUUGGUCACCGGUGGGGCUUUGGGCCAUUUGGUCAUCCAGGUGGCUUCGGAUUUCAUAGUCUAUUCGGCCAUCGAGGGGGGUUUAAGCAUCAUGGACCCUUCGGUCAUAGAGGUGGCUUUGGGCCAUUUGUUCAUAGAGGUGGAUUCGGAUUUCACGACCUGUUUGGUCUCCGAGGAGGCUUUGGACAUCACGGCCCAUUUUCGCAAAGGGAAGGCUUGGGUCAUCACGGAUCGUUUGGGCAUCUAGGUCCAUUUAGUCAUGAAGGUGGCUUUGCGCACCAUGGACCGUUCGGUCAUAGAGGUGGUUUAGGCCUGUUUGGUCACCGAGGAGGCUUCGGUCAUCAUGGCCCAUUUGGCCACAGUGGAGGUUUUGGUCCUCACAGUUCAUUCGGUCAUCGAGAAGGUUUUGGCCCUCACGGUUCAUUUGGUCAUCGAGGCGGCUUCGGUCAUCAUGGUUUAUUUGGCCACCGUGGAGGAUCCGCUCAUCACGGUAAUCACGAGGGUUUCGAUCAUCAUGGUGUGUUUGAGCAUCCCGGAGACAUUAAUCAUCAUCGUGGGCCGUUUGGACGUCCGGGAAGUUCCAGUCAUCACGGACCUUCUGAGCAAUCAUGCUUUAGAGAUCACGGUUCAUUAGAUCGCGGAACGAAAUUCCAUCAGCACGGUCCAUUUAGUGAGCGGGUCGGCUUCGGACAUGACCCGCACGGACCUCACGAGACCGACGACCCCCACGGCCACCAUGGCCACCACGGGCCUUUCAAUCAGCGCAAACACUGCGGUCACCAAGGGCCGGCCUCUGCGGCGCACUUCCCCUCGCACUCGUGUCGGCCGCGGCUGGGCGAGGGCUGCGGCCUCGGCGGCGGCGGGAGCGGGCGCUGCGACUUGCGAGCAGCGCGGACGCCGCCGCCGGCGGGGGCGGAAGAGGAAGUGAGCGCGGCGGAGGAGGAAGCGGAGGCGGUGCCGAAGGCACAGGAGGAGCGGGCAGAGGAGGGG